AUGUCUUUUCGUAUUGUUGCUCAAUCAAAUUUGAUUGAUGCAUGUUACAGUCUCCGUUAUUCACCUCAUUUAGUCAAUCAACUAGCCGUUGUUUCAUGUGAAAACUUCGGAAUUCGUGGUCGUAGUACUAUACAAUUAAUUGGCAAUCAUAAUCAGAUAUCUUUACAAUGGUCGGAUGCAUUGUUCGAUAUCAGCUUUGUUGAAACAGAUCCAUCACUGAUUGCUUGUGCUAGUGGAGACGGUUCUAUUGUUAUCUGGAAGAUAAACAAUAACACUUCUACUCCGCUAUUAUCUUUACGUCAGCAUCAACGCGAAGUGUGGUCUGUUCAUUGGAGUGAGAGUCGGUCGUCAGAUGCUCUACUAAGCGCAUCUGCUGACGGUACAAUUAAACUAUGGGACUUUACUAGAUCACCAAACCUCCAGGCAACUUUAACCGGCCAUGAAUCUAUAGUAUAUGAAGCUCGCUGGCAUCCACGUCGGCCUGGACUGAUUGCUUCAGUUUCAGCUGAUUGUUCGUUACGAAUAUUCGAUACGAAACAAGCAUCGAAUAUAAUGAAUCCUCGUGCACAUCCCGCAGAAGUUUUAUCGGUUGACUGGUCCAAAUAUGAUGAUCAUCUGUUAGUUACUGGCGCAUGUGAUAAUCGUCUUCGCUUAUGGGAUAUACGGAUGAUUACAAGCGCAUUAAGCAUAUUCGAAGGACACGAAGCUGCCAUUCGUCGCGUUAAAUUUGAUCCACACCGACGCGAUCGUCUUGCAUCGACCGGUUACGAUGGUCUUCUAAAGUUUUGGAACAUAACACCAACAAAUAGUAAUAUCAAUAUACAUACGGAGCGUAUUUGCAAGGAAUUUAUUUAUGGGCUUGAUUGGAAUUUGUUUGAGCGGGAUAAAUUAGCUGUAGGAGCCUGGGACAAAACGAUACGUCUAUGUGAAUUUGCUUCGCCAUAG